AUGCUGGCCGGGGGGGCCCCGGAGACAGGGAGCAGUAGCACUGGCAGUGGUGGAGGGAACAGACUGUUUUCAUGGAUACAGAACAGGACUAUUAGACGUGGGGUGUUUGUGGAUCCAGCCAGAGACAACUUCAGGACAAUGACUAGUCUGUACAGUUCCAUGAAUCCUGCUGUGGAGUCGGUGAACCUGAGCACACAGACCCACGGAGCCGUGUUCAACCUGGAGUAUUCUCCUGACGGGUCAGUACUGACUGUGGCCUGUGAACAGACUGAGGUCCUGCUGUUUGACCCCAUCUCAUCCAAACACAUCAAAACCCUGAUGGAGGCUCAUGAAGACUGCGUCAACAACAUCCGGUUUUUGGACAAUCGCCUGUUUGCCACCUGCUCUGACGACACCACUAUUGCAUUGUGGGAUCUGCGGAAGCUGAACUCCAAGGUUUGCUCGCUGCACGGCCACGCAAGCUGGGUGAAGAACAUCGAGUACGACACUAACACAAGGCUCCUCGUCACGUCGGGCUUCGACGGCAACGUCAUAACGUGGGACACUAACAGGUUUACAGAGGACGGCUGCCCACACAAAAAGUUCUUCCACACUCGGUACCUGAUGAGGAUGCGUCUGACGCCUGACUGUUCAAAGAUGCUCAUCUCCACGUCCUCUGGUUACCUGCUCAUCCUCCACGACCUGGACCUCACUCAGUCUCUGGAGGUGGGCAGUUAUCGUAUGCUGCGAGCGCGACGGACUCCCCUCACCUCAGAUGGAGGAACAUCAGCCUCCAGAUCAGCAGGGACUCCUCGCCAGGGGAAUGACUCCAGUAAGAUCCAUCCUCACAGAGAAGGCCUGUCUCCACGGAAUAGUCUGGAGGUUUUGACUCCCGAGAUUCCUGGAGAGAGGGAUCGAGGAAACUGCAUCACUUCACUGCAGCUCCAUCCAAAAGGCUGGGCCACACUCAUCCGCUGCUCCAGCAACAUGGACGACCAGGAGUGGACCUGUGUGUAUGAGUUCCAGGAUGGGGCGCCCUCUCGCCCGCCCGUCUCCCCCCGCUGCUCCCUCCGACUCACCCACUACAUUGAGGAGGCCAACGUCGGGCGGGGCUACAUCAAGGAGCUGUGUUUCAGCCCAGACGGGCGCCUCAUCUGCUCACCCUACGCUUACGGCGUCCGCCUACUGGCCUUCGACGAGCACUGCGGCGAGCUAGCCGACUGCCUGCCCGUCGAGACCAGCUGCCUCAGAGAGAUCCGCUCCAUCUACUCGCACGGUGACGUGGUUCUCACCACCAAGUUCUCCCCAACACACUGCCAGCUGGCCUCGGGCUGCUUGAGUGGACGUGUUGCCUUGUACCAGCCCAAAUUUUAGUGUCCGAAAAAAGGAACCAGAGGUGAACCAACCAGCACCUGGAACAUCCAGAAGAAGACUCCCUCCAUCUAAUAAUUGCACAACAAAAGUCAGUGGAAACACUGCACUGCCCCCUCCCCCAAAUUGUUUGUACAACAGCCAGUUUUUCUAUCAUUUUAAACCCUUGCCGGCUCAAAUAUGCAGAUAUUUGUUUGGUCGGAAGGAUCUGGCUGCUUCCUCGUCAGCAUUUAACCUAAUUUAUGAUAGAACUAUCAGAGGAAACAGCCCUAAAAGCAUUUUGCAGUAUUGUUUUUCCAAGUGCCCUGUGGAGCUGAUAGAUGUGGUCUGUUCAGUGCAUGCAGAUAUUUGAAAUAUUUCUCAUUAAUGGAGGCUUGGGUUGGAGGUUCAGUGCAUAUUUGAAUGUUGUUAUUUCUCCUAAAAGCCCUCAUCCAUCAGCCCGUCAUGACGACCCACCUCAACCAUCUGGCAACAUAGGCAGAGAGUGUGCAGCUGUGGACAUUGGUCUGCAGCAGAGGGGGGGUCUAGUCUCUCUGACCCUCGACACAAGAACGAAAAAGUUUUUAGUUGGCUUAAUAAUAAUCCACCCUCCAUCUAGACAAACGUCGACCAUCUGGAUCAGGCUGGUGUCAAACACUAACUCUGAAGAAGUUUGUGUACUUUAUUUUGCUCUCUCUCUCCAUCAGACUCCCGGUGUCGCUGAAAAAUACUAAGGAAGCGGACGGAUGGGAAUCCUUGACUUUUGACGGAUGUUGACGUAGUUGUUUGUGACUCAGUGUCUUCUGCUGGAGAACGUGUUGCUCCAGAGAUACUGCUGUAGAGCCUUGGUGAGAAGAGCACCAGGCCAUACAGGUGUGAGGUGAAGGCACCGAGCAGAACAGAGCGAGCUGGACAGGUUUUUGGAAUUCCACUCUGUACCGGUGGAAUUCCACGGGAACGGCGGUUUAUUCCUGGCUCUAUUUCAGGUUCUAGUUCAGUCUUUGACUCAGAAUGGAGUAAAGCCAGCGACGCCUUCACUGUUCACAGAGUUGAUUUGCAGAAACCUGCCUAGGUCCAGUUCAUCUUCAAGGCAGCUGCAUCACUUCUUUAUGGCUGUGUCCGCUCCUCACACACGGCCUGUGGCUGUUCCUCCUGCUCUGGCCUUUUCUUCUGGUGCUGCUUUCUUUUUUUAUCUGCUCAUACAAUCGAAACCUUGACCUUCAGACUUAAAGAAGCGCCUCAUUGAUGCCUUUCUUCUUCCCUGGUGGCGGCGGUGGCAGCGACUUGAACUUGUCCAGUCUGUCCUCACCUUCACAGCCUUCUCAUCAUCAUCAUCAUCAUUUUAAAAUGUUGAAACCUGCGCUCAGAGCAGCACCUCACGGCAAAGAGUAGACUCCGUCCACUGUCGGUCACAGCCACUGUUGAAGUCACUGUAGCACAUGUUUCACUGUCUGUGGUUUUGUUUUUUAAAUCUUAAACGUUGAGGUGAAAAAAAAAACAUUCUGUUUGGGUUAACGUUGUCAAAUCGAAGAAAAUCACACUGUUUACAUGGUUUUAUGGGCCAUAAAUUGCAGGGCGAAAGGUUGUCUGUUCAAGCCCCGUCUGCCACAGAUGCUGCUCUGGUGCAGACACACAGUCACUGAUAGUCCAUGAGUUAGUGUGACGACAGCAUCAUAUGUAGGUGUGUGUAGAGCUGUUGAAAUCAAAGUUAGAAAUGUUGCCUCAUUUGUCGGUCCAGAAAUGCAGCAACACAGCACUCUGUUCUAUGUAACUCCUGUGGGAGUGAGGACGUGAGGUCUGGCUCUACUGACACACAGCCAACUGCAGAGGUUUCCACUUUGGCUUGAAAUAAACCAGUUACAAAUAUCCUCAGCAGGGGGCGUCACUCCCAAAGUAACAUGUGAGCCUCCUCUUCCUUUCAUAAAGUCAGAUAGUCUUUCAUAAAAACCACUCGAUUUUUUUUCUUUUUGGUUUCAACUUUUUCGAGUCUAAACCCAAUCUUUAUCAGUGUCCUAGCGUGUUCUACAUAUGGCUGUGUAGCUAGCAACAUGCUAGCAUGAGGUCUAAGAGUGCCCUCAGUUUGACCUUUAGGCCUUAAGUCAAACUUCAAGGCCUUCAGUGAAACAGAAAUGUAAACAUUGGCUUCACUCUGACAGUCCUCGUGUGGACAGUGGAGGAAGUUCAGCCGCUGCCUCCGUCUUUGUCCAGGAAGAAUCCCACCUCCACAUGUUCCUCAUCUAUGUUCUCCAUCAUUCCAACAUGUCAACAUGCGCCCACUGUUACAAACAUUGUCUUUUUCUGUGUGUGUGUGUGUGUGUGUGUGUGUUUGGCCUUCGUAUAAACCUGCUGUAAAUAUGUUCACUCCGAGUGCCGACUCUGUUUGUUCUGGCUCUGUAACAGCAGCAUAAGUUAACAGUUCAGUUGUCGAUGGACUAUUUUUAGCGGCGUAUUAAUACACGUUUGGUGCAGAGGUUCAUAGAGGUGAAGGAAAUUGUUUUCUAUCUGAUGUUAAAAGUGUUCUGUUGUCGUGUGAUGUCAUCAGAGGAUGACAGUGACUUCACUCUUGGUUCUUGGCCUUGUGUUUGUUCAUGAAGACACCUAAUAUACUUAUUGUUAAUAUAUACUACAUCUCAGCA